AUGCCGCCAGCAAUGCCGGCGGCAGCAGCGCCGCCAGCCGUGCUUUUGCGGUCGUGCGGCACGGACGGCGUGUGCAUGCAAUGCAACACGCUGCCGCCCGACGACCGCGUCCUCGUGUGCGACGCGUGCCGCGGCGAAUGGCACAUGCCGUGCCUCGUGCCGCCCCUCACCGCCGCACCCGCCGGCACGUGGCACUGCCCCGACUGCCACGAGGUCGAGGCAGAGAUGAACCGCGCGCCUGGCGGCGACGGCGGCGGCAGAGACGGCCGUGCCGCGUCUGAUGCGGCGGCCGGCGAAGCUGAAGCGCCGAGAGAGGCAGAUGCUGCGGCGGCAACUGUGGGUAACGGCGGCGAAAGCGACCUGCGGGCGAGAAUCCGUGCGAUCCAGAGCGACUCGUCGCUGAGCGACGCGGAGAAGGCGAGGCAGCGUCAGGCGCUCGUGAGCCGCCAGGCGACGACGAGCGCGGGAGAGAGCGGCGGCGGGGCGCACGCGGACGGGGCGAGUGCGACGCCGCGGGGCGUAAACGCGGCAGAGGCGGCGGAGGCGGCGGCAGCGUGUUUCAGCGAGGCGAUGAAGUGCCCCAUCUGCCACGACCUCGUCGACCGCCCCGUCACCGUGCGACCUCCCUCCACCCUUCCCUCCCCGUCACCGUGCGACCUCCCUCCACCCUUCCCUCCCCGUCACCGUGCGACCUCCCUCCACCCUUCCCUCCCCGUCACCGUGCGACCUCCCUCCACCCUUCCCUCCCCGUCACCGUGCGACCUCCCUCCACCCUUCCCUCCCCGUCACCGUGCGACCUCCCUCCACCCUUCCCUCCCCGUCACCGUGCGACCUCCCUCCACCCUUCCCUCCCCGUCACCGUGCGACCUCCCUCCACCCUUCCCUCCCCGUCACCGUGCGACCUCCCUCCACCCUUCCCUCCCCGUCACCGUGCGACCUCCCUCCACCCUUCCCUCCCCGUCACCGUGCGACCUCCCUCCACCCUUCCCUCCCCGUCACCGUGCGACCUCCCUCCACCCUUCCCUCCCCGUCACCGUGCGACCCUCCUCAUUGCCCUCGUGCUUCCAUAGCUGCGCUCGUCACCCAUUCCCCCCGCCGCCCGCCUCUCUUCAUCCCUUUUCCCCCCGUUCGUCCAUUCUCUCCUCAUGCCCCCUCAACUCCCCUUUCCCCCAUCCUUCUCCCCCCAAUGCCCGCCAGACCCCCUGCGGCCACAACUUCUGCCUCGUGUGUUUCCGCAAGUGGCUGGCGCAGGGUAAGCGCAGCUGCGCCAAGUGCCGCCGCGCGGUGCCGCCCGACAUGAUGAAGCAGCCGCGCAUCAACCCCGUCAUCGUCGCCGCCAUCCGCCACGCCAAGGCCGCCGCCGCCCGCGCGGCCGCCGGCGGGCUGUCCACGUCAGCACCAGCGAAGCCGUACGAGCCAAUCUGCAACGAGAAGCGGCCCGAUCAGGCGUUCACCACGGAUCGCGCCGUGCGGAAGGGGCUCUCUAACGCCGCCUCGGGCCGCAUAUUUGUGACUAUAGCGGGGGAUUUUUUCGGGCCAAUCACGGCGGAGUACGAUCCGGAGAGGGGGACGGGCGUGGAGGUGGGCGAGACGUGGGCGAGUCGGCUGGAGUGCCGGCAGUGGGGCGCGCACCUGCCGCACGUGGCGGGCAUCGCGGGGCAGUCCCACCAUGGCGCGCAGUCAGUGGCGCUGUCGGGGGGUUAUGAGGAUGACGAGGACAACGGCGAGUGGUUCCUCUACACUGGCAGUGGGGGGCGGGAUCUGAGCGGCAACAAGCGCACCAACAAGGUGCACGCGUUCGACCAGCGCUUUGAGAAGAGCAACCAGGCGCUCAGGCUCAGCUGCCUCAAGGGCUACCCCGUGCGCGUCGUCAGGUCGGAGAAGGAGCGGCGGUCCAGCUAUGCGCCACAAGCAGGCGUGCGGUACGACGGCGUCUACCGCAUCGAGCGCUGCUGGCGCAAGAAGAGUAAAGUGGGCUUCCUCGUGUGUCGCUACCUCUUCGUGCGCUGUGACAACUCGCCCGCCCCCUGGACCAGUGACGACGUGGGGGACAGCCCGGGGAGGAAGCUGCCGCAGGUGGCGGAGUUGAAGCAGGCAGUGGACGUCACAGAGCGCACCGGCCCGCCCGCCUGGGACUGGAUUGAGGAGAAGCAGCAGUGGGGGUGGGUGCGCGCGCCCCCAGCAUGCACCAAGCCCAUCGGCGGCACCAGCACAGCAUGGCGCUCCGCCAAGCGCCUCGCGGUGGGCAGCACAGCCGAGGCCGUGAAAGUGCAUUCCCGCGCAAGUGCAUUCCCCUGUGACUGCCGUCCGACCCUCUCCAACGCGCACACCUCUCCGCCAACCACAUCGCAUGACGUCCCGUCGCAUCCCGCACGCAUGCGUCACUGCGCCCGCGCUGCAGGUCGGAGAAGGAGCGGCGGUCCAGCUAUGCACCCCAGGCAGGCGUGCGGUACGACGGCGUCUACCGCAUCGAGCGCUGCUGGCGCAAGAAGAGCGCCGUGGCGGGCGUGCAAUGACGGCGUCUACCUCAUCGAGUGCUGCUGGCGCAAGAAGAGCGCCGUGGUGCGUUGGAGAGGGGGAGUGUGGAGGUGCGUUGUGAGUUCGGGGAAAGGGGAUGUGGUGAGGAAAGGGGGGGAAGGGAGCGUGAUGACUGUUGUAGGGCUUCCUCGUGUGUCGCUACCUCUUGGUGCGCUUGACGACGUGGGGGACAGCCCGGGGAGGAAGCUGCCGCAGGUGGCGGAGUUGAAGCAGGCGGUGGACGUCACCGAGCGCACCGGCCCGCCCGCCUGGGACUGGAUUGUGCAUGGCGGUGGCAGCACGGGCGAGGAUGUGAAGAAGCGCAGAGCGCUGGCACAGAAGCGGCUUGCCAAAGGUGUGGCAGGCUGGGUGAUGGGAGGGUCUGGGCUGUGGGUCGUGACUGACUUCGCGUGUCUGCUGUGUGGGGGAGUGCUCCGCGCCCCGGUGUCCACGCCCUGCCAGCACAGCUUCUGCCUCGCGUUCCUGCAGCAGCGCUUCCACGGGCAGGCCGACACGCGCGACCGCUCCAAGACCGCGGGGCGGUCGCUGCGCGCACAGAAGAUCGUCAAGCAGUGCCCCGCCGCACGCUGCACCGCUGACAUUGCAGACGUGCUGUCCCGGCUGCAGGUGAAUCACGACAUGGCGGAUUUGAUCGCCAUGCUGCUCGCAGAGACGAAUGCACCAGAUGCAGAGGAGGGGGAGGACGCAGGGGAGGGCGGUGAGGAGGAUGGGGAGGAGGGCGCAGAGGGAGAGGAGGAUGAAGAGGAUGAGGGGAAGGGCAGUAGAGGUAAGGACGAAGGGAAGGAACGCGAUGGUAGCAUGGAAGGUGCAGGAGAGGAGGGGGUGAAGGAGGAAGGGGGGAGCACGGGGGUGCAAGUGUUAAAUGCGAUUGGUGCUGCGGGGAGCGGAGGUGGUUCAGGUGAGGGGAAGGCCAAGGGCGCGCAAGGAGAGGUCGAUGGGGGAAGGGAAGGCAGUGUUGAUGGCGGAAAGGCUGGGGGAGGAGGUGCGUUGAGUGCCACUUCAGAGGCACUGGUGGCGUGCAGCUCGCUGGCAGCCGCUUCAGAGGGGUUGCGGGAAGUGAUGAGGGCCUACCCGUGCGAGACAUGCUGGUGCUGGGAGGGGGAAGGGGGGGGUGUGGGGGGAGAAUGGUGCUUUGUGCGAAGGGGGAGAGGGGGGGAGAAUGGUGCUUUGUGCGAAGGGGGAGAGGGGGGGAGAAUGGUGCUUUGUGCGAAGGGGGAGAGGGGGGGAGAAUGGUGCUUUGUGCGAAGGGGGAGAGGGGGGAAGAAUGGUGCUUUGUGCGAAGGGGGAGAGGGGGGAAGAAUGGUGCUUUGUGCGAAGGGGGAGAGGGGGGAAGAAUGGUGCUUUGUGCGAAGGGGGAGAGGGGGGAAGAAUGGUGCUUUGUGCGAAGGGGGAGAGGGGGGAAGAGUGGUGCUUUGUGCGAAGGGGGAGAGGGGGGAAGAAUGGUGCUUUGUGCGAAGGGGGAGAGGGGGGAAGAAUGGUGCUUUGUGCGAAGGGGGAGAGGGGGGAAGAAUGGUGCUUUGUGCGAAGGGGGAGAGGGGGGAAGAAUGGUGCUUUGUGCGAAGGGGGAGAGGGGGGAAGAAUGGUGCUUUGUGCGAAGGGGGAGAGGGGGGAAGAAUGGUGCUUUGUGCGAAGGGGGAGAGGGGGGAAGAAUGGUGCUUUGUGCGAAGGGGGAGAGGGGGGAAGAAUGGUGCUUUGUGCGAAGGGGGAGAGGGGGGAAGAAUGGUGCUUUGUGCGAAGGGGGAGAGGGGGGAAGAAUGGUGCUUUGUGCGAAGGGGGAGAGGGGGGAAGAAUGGUGCUUUGUGCGAAGGGGGAGAGGGGGGAAGAAUGGUGCUUUGUGCGAAGGGGGAGAGGGGGGAAGAAUGGUGCUUUGUGCGAAGGGGGAGAGGGGGGAAGAAUGGUGCUUUGUGCGAAGGGGGAGAGGGGGGAAGAAUGGUGCUUUGUGCGAAGGGGGAGAGGGGGGAAGAAUGGUGCUUUGUGCGAAGGGGGAGAGGGGGGAAGAAUGGUGCUUUGUGCGAAGGGGGAGAGGGGGGGAGAAUGGUGCUUUGUGCGAAGGGGGAGAGGGGGGGAGAAUGGUGCUUUGUGCGAAGGGGGAGAGGGGGGGAGAAUGGUGCUUUGUGCGAAGGGGGAGAGGGGGGGAGAAUGGUGCUUUGUGCGAAGGGGGAGAGGGGGGAAGAAUGGUGCUUUGUGCGAAGGGGGAGAGUGGGGAAGGUGGGCGCAGAAUGGUGGGAGGACAUGUGGCUUUGUGUUGUGGUGGAUGGGUUGCUGGUGGAUGGGUUGCUGGUGGAUGGGUUGCUGGUGGAUGGGUUGCUGGUGGAUGGGUUGCUGGUGGAUGGGUUGCCGGUGGAUGGGUUGCUGGUGGAUGGGUUGCUGGUGGAUGGGUUGCUGGUGGAUGGGUUGCUGGUGGAUGGGUUGCUGGUGGAUGGGUUGCUGGUGGAUGGGUUGCUGGUGGAUGGGUCCAGCCUUGCACUCGAAGUGGCUUCAGAUCAAUGCUGGUGGAAGAGACGGGGGGCAUCGGUUUGGAUGAGUUGGAGGUAUCUGCUUGUUCCCCUUCCCCCCAUCGUGCCCCUGCACUUUCUCGCCGUUGCCCCUCACUCCCCUCCCGCUCCUCACCCUCCUCCCGCCCCUGAUCCCCGUGUGCACCACUGA